AUGGUGGCAGAAACAGAGAUUUUGUGCUCGCAAAGCGUUUCGGUUCAGUACUAUAGCGCCAAAAUGCCCACAAAAAUCGAAACCGAAUUCUUCGACGUCUCAUCGGCGGCGGUGGCGGUUUCUCCUACUGAUAUUACUACUACGUCGCCUAGAUCUCAGAUCUUUCGCGCCUCUGAUACGGAGAUUUCCAUCGAAAUCUGUCGUUCUGAAUCGGCUCGUUGCUGCUCAACAAGUACCCAAAGUACAACUGCUUUGGAGACUCCCAGUAGCAGGUUUGUUCCAAGCAUUUGUUCUGGCAGUCACUCGGAUAUUGGACCCCGCCGUUACAAUGAGGAUGAACACAUUCGUAUAGACGACUUAUCUGUGCAUUUAGGCUCUCUCUACAGGUGGUCUCAACCAAGUUCCUUUUAUGCUGUUUUUGAUGGCCAUGGAGGCUCAGAUGCAGCAGCUUAUGUCAAGAAUAAUGCCAUGAAAUUCUUUUUUGAGGAUGCCAAUUUACCUCAAACUUCUGAUGAUGACGAAAAAUUCUUUCAAGAUUUGGAGAGAGCUCAUCGCAAAGCCUUUUCAUCGAUUGACCUUGCCUUGGCUGAUGAACAAAGCAGUGUUGAUUCAUAUUGUGGAACAACAGCACUUACAGCCCUUGUUCUCGGAAGGUAUUUACUUAUCGCAAAUGUUGGUGACUGCCGUGCUGUUCUUUGUAGAAAAGGAGUUGCAGUUCAGUUAUCUCAUGAUCACAGAUCCUCGUGUCUGCUGGAACGGGAAAGGGUUGAGAAUUUAGGUGGUACCAUUCAGAAAGGGGGGUACCUAAAUGGUGAACUUACUGUUACUCGAUCCCUUGGAGACUGGUACAUGAAACUCCCAUUAGGCUCACCGUCUCCUCUAAUUGCUGAGCCAGAUGUUCAACAGACUUUGUUGACCGAGGAUGAUGAGUUCUUGAUAAUCGGUUGUGAUGGGAUCUGGGAUAGAAUGUCAAACCAGGAAGCAGUUAGCCUAGUUCGCCGUGAGCUUAGGCAUACUCAUAACCCCCAGCAGUGUGCACAAGAACUCGUAAACCAAGCAUUAAGGCUAAAUACAGGCGACAACGUCACAGCCAUUGUUGUUUGCUUCUCUUCCCUAGAGCCACAAAAUUCAGUUGUUUCUCAAAGGCCUAGAUUUAGAUUCUGCUUGGCCGAGGAGGCAAGAAAGAAGUUGCAGAGCCUAUUAGGUGGCAAUUAA